AGGAGCCAGCCAGGAGCCGCGGGACACGUGACUCUGGAUAGUGCGUACGUCCGAGGGGGUUGUUACGGCCAUCCGCACUAAUGCCGGAAGUAAAAAAAGAAGAGGAACUUUUCCUUCCAGGAGGGGGGUAGAGGGUGGAUAUUUCCAACAAAUAUUUAAUUGGCCAAGACACGUGACUUGUGCGUAUUAUUUCCACCCCAUUCAACGGGGCUCACCAUAGCGCGAGUGCGCAGCUACAUACAAGUUUGAUUCCGGCGGUUUUAAUGAGACCUUUAAUCCGGUCGAUGGCUCAUGGCUAUAGCACGUGCCCAACUUAAACCCACCCAACCCCCACCCAACCCUUAUUCCCUAUAGAUCUUAUAUUUAAGUUUAAUUCAUUUUUUUUUCUUUUUUCAGAGAAUGAUCAAAAUCCAGUUGGCCAUUUCGGUCGAGUCUGUGGGGCCUUUUUCGAAUCCGGGCCGGUCGCCAUGACGACAGAUUUGUUUUGAAAAGACAAAAAGCAGAAAGGCUGCUGCUGCUGCUGCUGCUGCUGCUCAGACUGUUGUCGAGUGCUGCGCCCAAGUCCGUCAAGUUCCGUCUCUCUCUAGCUCAACUGAACUGAACUCAACUGCUGCUGCUGCUGGACAUCGUCUGCAGAGACUCUCCGUUUAGUAAACAGUGCGGAAUAGUUUCCAUUAGCAACUUGAAAAACAUCCAACACCCGAAAAAAAUAAAAAAUAAAAAAGAAGAAGAAGAAGAGCAGCCCCACCAUCGACUUUUGCAGAUGCAAGACCAGAUACAAACACUCGACGCAGCCGAGACGAUAGAAGAUGAGGUCGCAGCCUCCUCCGAUUCGCCCAACGGCAAUCCAUGGCAGCGUCUUUUCAACAAGAUGCGCCACCAGCCAUCAACCACAGACGCUAUAGAUUUCUUCCUAUCGCCAGCGGGGGUUCACUGUUCAACCGACAGAGAAGACGAUUCAGUUGGCCAGUCAGAUGAUCCGAAUAACGUCCGUCUCGACAUCAGCGACUCGAUUCAUCAUUACUACCAGCCGGCGUUUUACUAUCCGGCCAGCUGGACAGGCCUGUUGACCAUCACGUCACAAAUUCCAGUGAGCCUCGAUGAAAAACUGGACGAUGUGACGCAAUUGUGGUCGCCGGAAGAAGACGGCCUUUACGUCGGCUCGCCGCCCAAAUGCUCCCGUCGCAGGUGGGAGAUUCUCGAACGGCGUCUGGUGACGACGACGACCAGUCAACAGCAGCAGCAGCAAACCACCAAGACAAAAUGGUUCCGCUCCGACGGAUCGCUGGCCGUUCUACCUGAUCCAUUACGCCCUUAUCUCAUCCGCAACAUCAUCCCGGUCCUGGAUUCUCCAGCCGACCAGUUUCGUCCAAUUUACCUGCCCAACGGCAAAUUAGUCGAGGGUCAAACGACGGCCGGUCCGUUUGCCGAGCGGCAGGUUUAUCCUCUGCACGUUUUCAUCAGCGGAAUAGAGUUCCAUCAUCACUGGCUGUUUGGCGUCGAAAAUGUUCUAGCGGCCCGACUGGCCCGACAAUGGGCCGAUUACUCGUCGACAUCGGCCGAUUCGGCGGCCAUCACCGCCGCCCAAAUGGACGUGCUGGCCCGCAAGUUGCGGGCCCUCUACCAAGCCCACGACGAGGCCGUCGAACUGGUCGAGCGGCUCCAAUUCAACGGAGCUGACGAGGCCGUUAUGGCCGCCCAGCUCCAGCGCAUCGCUGCCUACCGGUUCGAGAGAAAACAAAAACUCAAAAACUCAAAAAAUUCGUUUUGGCUGAUUUAUGACUUUAGGGAGGCCAUUGGUUGGACCCGAGGGGACUACUACGCGGCCAGUGGCCGCCGAAUGGCAUUAGUCCGCUCAAUGAUGGCCGACUGGAAGCGCUUGAAAGACAUGCGCACCAGUCAGGGAUUCGCCUGCACCAGCUGUCAACUGUCGGACGGGCCAAAGAAGAAGAAGAGGAAGAAGAAUAAGAAGAAAAUGACAAGUGCUGCUGGUAGACUGGCCGCAGAAGAAGAUCAACAACAACCACCGCCACCGCCGCCACUCGAUUGGGAUGAAGAGAUGGAGCGACAGAUGGACGAAUCCCGUAGACUCUUCCGCGAGCACGUCCGCUCAGAAUCUGAUCGAUACAAGCGUCAAAAGGCACAAUGGAGGCACAAGAAGUCGACUCAGAGGACGAGUGCAAGUACCAGAAGUACCAGGAGGAGAAAAGAGAUGACGAAGCGAUCCGAUUCUUCGUCAUCUGAAGAAGAUGAUGAAGAAGAGGAGAAAAGAGAUGAAGAAAAAAGUGAAACUGACGACGAGCCGGAAGCGCCAGUGCAACGUCAAUUUGACGAGGAACAGACACGAGCAGAGAUCCUCAAAAGGAUGCAAGAAUCGCUCCUGCCACCUGGUGAGACGAUGCCUAACCUUUUGUGGACUCCCAACACUACCGAAAGUCCGUCUGAUGUCAGCGACGCUCGAGAACAGAGGAGGAUCGACGCAAUCAAGAAAUGCGUUUACCAGGUCAAGAUUUUAGUCAAUCAAGAGGAAAUGGCCGUUUCAGACGUCUUCCACUUGGCGGAAGACUUUACGGCGGAUGGGAUUCAACAGGCCUUUCAUCUGUGGAUCAGAGACAAACCGCGAAACAUUUCCAUCCAAUUGUUCUACAAUAUACGGAGCAAUCAGAAAAAAUUGAGUUUGCUGGCCGACGUAAACGUCCCGAUUCUAUCAGCAAGGACAAGUUUCGCCGGACAACCGGAAACGCCAUUGAAAUUCAAAAGUGGUUUGGUUCAGCAAGCGAUCGUCGAUCUCGCCAGCGUGGGUUGCGGAAUCAAACAACCGGGACGGGAAGAAGAUGGCGAAAUGUGGACGAAUGGAACGCUCACAAUCAAAACCGGAUGGGGGACAGACAAUCAGGGCAACGUUAUGGCGCCAAACAUCAUCGACCAUUUGCCAACGAUCAUUUCCCAGCCGUCAGAAUGGGUCAAUCCCAAAGUGCAACUGGAUCCCAACGAUCCUGCCAAUGCGGAGACGUUGGACAAGAUCGAAAAAAUGAAUCGGCUGGAAUGGAGGGCCGGCAAAACGGUUGGAGAAGUUCUUAAAGAAGACGAUGGGGACACGUUCUGUUCCAAGGAGCAAUUCGAUUCCAACGUUCGUUUCCAGCUGCUCCGGCGACGGGCAGAUGAAAUUAAACCGUUCGGUCAUUUGACUAUGAUACCCAGUCGACCGGAUGAAAUACCCAAUCACUUGAUUCACUUGAUAGAUGGCAGUGCUAAAACGGGCUCGUCGUUCGAUCGGAUGGAAACGGAAGAGUCCGUCAAUCCGCUGGAUGCAUUAAGGCGAAGGGGUCAGCGAAAAUGGCUGGAAAUUUACCCAACAGUUGCCGAUCGACUAUCAUCUUCCAGCCAGAAAAGGCUCCAAUUAGCCGAUUUGGUCAUGGAAGAUCACAUUCCCGACAUCAGCACAUUUGGCGGCCAACUGAUGCCCGUCUUCUUCAAAGCGCAUCGACCUCUACGUCCGGAAAGAAAAGAGCGAAAUCCUGUGCCACUUCUGGCCGGCCUGGCCAUCCAUACGACGGAGCAAGUCAGCCUGAGAGUCAACGUCAUCCGAGCGCUCAAUUUACCUCAUAAAAUCGAAAGAGAUUCAAUGGUCCACCCGUUUGUCGAAGCGUCUUUCCAGAAAUCCAGCGCUCGAACAACAGCUGGAAACGGUACCAGUCCCACCUGGAACCAAGAACUUUGUCUUCCAGUCAACUUAGCGGAAGGAAUUCGUUCACUGGCUUAUUUGCAAUCCAUCCGAGACGAUUUGUUCAUUCAACUUUUUGACGAGGUUGUGGUCGAUAUUUUGGACGACGACCGUCAAAGGGAUGUGAGCGUCCACCAGCGGUACGAGAGGCACUGGCUGGGCGGUUUUAAAAUCCCGUUUCAAGUCGUCUGCAAGUGGAGCAAGAUCGAGGGCACGUUUGCGCUGAAUAUUCCAAUGGUGCCCAUCGGCUACGAGUACAACCACUACAAUCACGACGGACCACUUUUGACAGUUUUAAUUUCAAUUCACCCAGCCGUCAGUCCCCCCAGGAUCAAUCAGAUCAACGGACCAAGUAUGGAAGACCUGGGCUUCUUGGAAUACGUCAACGGAUGGCGGAGCGGAUUAAUCAAGGAAUUUCCAUUUCUGGACGGCCUCAUCAACCCGUUGGUUGUCAACGAAAAAGCUUUGACCGUCUACAUCGGUCGCUACCUGACUCCACUGGAACCGCCUGAACAACUUCAAGGUUCCAGUGACGAAGAGACUUUGAAAAACCUUUGCCAAUUCGUGGCAGCCAUACCGCAAGAACCAAAUAACCGGCCCAUUCUGACACCGAGGAUUUGGUUCACCUGCCAAACGGUGCUAGGAUGGCUGGUGGGCGGGGACGAAGAGCGGGCCAUCCUUUUACACAACUACCUGGCCGCUCUCCAUUACGAGGUGUACGUUAUGCUGGGAAUGGCAGUGCCCGAAGGAGAAACGGCCUUUGUCCUCUAUCGGAAUAAAACCAACCAGACAAUGCGUCUCAUCAAUUCUUCAACCGGAAUCACAAAAAACGUCACAGAUCCCACGGGCGCCAUGCAACAAGUUUGGGCUUUAUUCAACCAAAACGACUUUUGGGUCAACACUCACACCAAAGUCCACUCCAGUCAACUGCAAUAUCAAAUGACAAAAUCAGCCGAUUGGCGGCCGUUGUUCUCACGCAAAUUCCCCAAUCCUCGACUGGCAACCAUUCAGACACCAGAGAGGCUGGUCUACCCAGCAACAAACAACAAAGGCGUCCGGCAAUUGGAAGAGUCCAUCGUUGACUAUCUCAAACAGUCCUUCAUGAAGUGGAGGAAAACUGUGAGGACGAAAUGGAACAGACAUGCCGGCCAAGUCUUUCGUGAAAUUCUGACCCAAGCGGCCCAAGGAGACUUGACGCCCACAUCAGACAACUUGGAAGAAUUAUUGGAAACGUACAAAGUUUUUGGAGUCCCGCUCAAAACGGCCUAUGUGGACUUGGAAGGACUUGGCGAUAUGCUCUAUGCAACGGGCCUUCACCGGCACCACGGCUACGAAUUCGCCCUGUCAGUUUUCAUCAAAUCGUAUCCUAAUCAUCUGCUACACGUUUUCAUAUUUGGAGCUUACUUGGAAAAUCUCUAACCCACUAAAUAAGUUCUUUACACGAAUACACGAAAUGUAAAUUCGGAGCUCGAAAAAAGAAUGCAAUAAUAAACUUAAAAUUCACCGAAAAACGGUUUGUUAUUUCUCGGCCAACAAAUGGUAUUUGGAAUCAAGUAGCUUGGCCAGUU